CACAAAUUAGCAAGAUGCCAAGAAAACCUGCAAGAAAGGGCAAGGAGAGAUGUAAGGCAAGCAAGCGAAUCAGGGAAGAUUUUACAGAAGGCUCCCCACCUAGAGAAGCUACCCCUCCACCUGCAGAUGAAUCAGCUGCAGAAGUAGAAAAAGAUGUGGCAGAUUCAGCAGCACAGUCAGUGGCUGCUGAGUCAGUGGCUAGUGAUGUUGAUGAUGAACUAGCAGCUUCUUCCCAGUCCAAGAGCAAGAAGGCCAGGGUCUUGUCCAACCUCACAGAGAACGAACAAGAGGAGGUGGCCCUAUUCCUUGAGAGGAGUGACUUUAUCUACAACAAGAGGCGGGCAGACCAUACCUUUGUCUCAAAAAAGAAUAAGGUUUGGAACGAUCUGGCACAGGAGAUGGGGAAAGAAGUAAAGGCUUUAACUACAUUUUUCGAGAGUAUCCGUACACAGAUGGGGAAACUCAGGAGGAAGAAGAGCAGGCAGGCAGCUGUUGAUAUGACAGACCGCCAACAGUGGAUAUGGACCAGAUUCCAGUUCCUGGUGCCCCACAGCGGACAAGUCACCAAUCGCACAGUCCAGAGCUUCCGGAGUAGCGCCACCAUCAGCCAGGGUGAGAAGUCCCAGGAAGAGGAGGCCCAGAAUCCAGUAACCACCUCACUGUCCACCACCGCUACGGGGAGCUUGACUGUGACGGAGCCCAACAGGGGAUGCAGAAGCAGAGGGAUGGGGCCACAAAUUCUGGACCAGGCGCUGCAUACCUGCCAGGACCGCCAGGAGAAGCUGUUACAGAUCCUGCAAGCCCCUUCCGUGCCUGUUGCCCCCCACCCAGAGAGGUUAAAGUUCGCGGAGUACCUCGGGCAUGCUUUCCAGAACCUGCCCCAGUCCAUCUAUCGCGACGUACGUGUCAGAAGGCCAUUUUUGACCUUCUAUACAACGCCGAGAAGCAGGCAGAUGAGGAAGCAGGAAGAUCAGCAUCAGAACCAGCACCAGCACCUACUCAACAGCACCAGCAGUGGCAGCCGCAUCCCUUGCUGUGGCAGUCCAGACCAGUGGCUGCAGCUCAGUCGGUGUGGCACUCACAGGAUUCAGCCUGGGUCGACAGGCAGUUCCCAGGGUAUACCCAGUCCCCCAGCCAACAGGAACUGGUCAGUCAGAGGUCCUCACAAGCAGCUACCUGCACCACCAUGA